AAGUCCAACCUAGCUUCAACCACAAACUUGUCACCUUCUUCCCCGCAGCUCAGCUCAGCGAUAAGCAAGCCAGUCUCAUCCCGUCAUCUGGACUAGCUACGAUGCAGCAGCAGCAGCAGCAGCUACCCACCAUGGCGGCGCCGGCGAGGCGGCUACUCUUGGCGCCCGCCACCACGCCGGGGCCCUUCAUCGCCGACGACAGGGACAUCAUCAUCAUCCUCGCAUCGCUCCUCUGCGCGCUCAUCUGCGUCCUCAGCAUCGGCCUCGUCGCGCGCUGUGCCUGCGGCCGCCGCCUCGGCGUCGGCCCCGACGCCGCUGCCGCUGCCGCCAACAGGGGCGUCAAGAAGUCCGUGCUCCGCGCCAUCCCCACCGUCGCCUACGUCGCCGCCAUCCCCGCGGCCGACAAAGGAAAAUCGUCGUCGGAGGAGGACGCAGGGGCGCCGGAGUGCGCCAUCUGCCUCGCCGAGUUCCAGGAGGGGGAGGCCAUGCGCGUGCUGCCGCAGUGCGGCCACGCCUUCCACGCACUCUGCGUCGACAAGUGGCUGCGCGGCCACUCCUCCUGCCCCUCCUGCCGCCGGAUCCUCGCCGUCCGCCUGCCGCCCGCCCAGCGUUGCCAGCGCUGCGGCGCGCGCCCCGACCCAGCCGCGGCGCGCUGGAAGCCCGCGGCACACUACGGCGAGAUGCCGCCGUUCCUGCCGUAGCACCCACGCACGGCUCUCCCCAGAUCCGGGGGUCGGAGCUACAAGACGAGGAGCAGAGGAAUCCAAUCGACCAAUCGACGAGCAUUCCGGUCAAAUUUCUCGGCCGCUUUUUUACUUCCCGUUCAGUUCAGUUUACAUCAGUAGAGGCGGAUAGCGUUCGUGAGCUCAGGAUCCUUGUCUGCAAGUGGGUGAUAAAGUGUUGCCUGCCACUGCAUCUUAGCUGUGCAUUUGUAAAUACUCCAGUAAGUACUAUGUGAAACUGUGAAUAGAGUCCUAUCAUUAUGUGAAGCUGUCAA